CCAUGUUUGCCAAGCAUAGGUUUCUCACUGGCAACGUUCAGUCCGGCCCUGAUCAGUCCUACAGCGAGAUGAGCAUGCUCCGCGAAUGCCCUCGCUUGCCGGUGGCGGCGGCGCCGCCGCUGGAAUACGACAACCUGCUCUUCGAGAUCCUCCUCCGCCUCCCUCCGGAGCCGUCCUCCCUCCCGCGCGCCUCCGCAGUCUGCAAGCGCUGGCGCAGCCUCGUCUCCGACCCCGGCUUCGUCCGCUGUUUCCGCCGCCACCACCGCCGGAGCCCUCCUCCCCUCCUCGGCUUCUUCGGUCAAGGUGCUCGCGGAAUGGCCUUCCAACCUACCAUGGAGCCCCCCAACCGCGUCCCGCCGGGCCGCUUCUCCAUGCCGCCGGACUUCCGCUUCUCCAUCCUGCCGGGCGCUCGCUUCCACUCCAAGAUCCUCGGAUGUCGCCAUGGCCUCAUGCUAGUGCUCCAGCAGAAGCUGAAACAGGUCGUGGUGUGGGACCCGGUCGCCAGCGACCAGCACAGGCUUGCCGUUCCCCCGGGGUUUGACACGAGCAUAACCCCGAUCCAGGGGACGGUGCUUCGCCGUGCUGGAGACGCCCACCAUUUCCAGGUGGUAUUGGAAGGCUCAGACAAACAACAAGUGUUCGCCUGCAUUUACUCGUCAGAGACCGGCGUAUGGAGUGAUCUUAUAUCAACACUCCUUCCAUACGAGGAUUGCAUGUAUAUGCCAAUGCCAUUGAACAGCAUAAGCUCUGUGCUGGUUGGGGAUUCCGUUUACUGGAUGUUUGCUACGAUUCAGCGUCCAAUUGUCGAGCUUGAUUUGGGUAGGCAGAGCCUAGCUCUGAUACAUCUGCCGGUGGAGAUUGCCCUUUGCAAAACUUGGAACUUGAUGGUUAUGCGGGCAGAGGGUGGUGGCCUCGGCUUACUCUCCGUGUCUGAUUUGACCGCCCAAUUAUGGAAGAGGAAUACUGAUUCUGAUGGUGUUGCUUCGUGGGUGUUGGGAAGAACUAUUGAACUGGACGAGCUACUAUCCCUGAAUUCAGAGGAGCAGAUAGACCCAGAGAUUAGAGGUUUAGCUGAGUGCAAUAAUGUGGUGUUCCUCUCUACAGGUAUGGGCCUAUUCAUGGUCCAGCUUGAGUCUUUGCAGUUCAAGAAAUGUUCCGAUCCUAGCGCGGCGUUUUUCGGUCAUCCAUUUGAAACUGUCUACGCUGCAGGUAUCUAGUAUUUUUCUCCCGUUGCUGAGGUGUAGGAAUGGACUUGUUUGCUCUGGGCUCUUCCGUUCUGAAUAACUUCACGUGGAGCCAGGUCGACCAUCUGAAUAGCGUCUGCUGUUCAACUGGAAAUUGCACUUGUAGGAGUUAAUCAAUUAAUCUUGGCAACUUCCCUGUAUUAUCUAAUGUCUGACACGGUGAAGAAUGAUGAGGACAUAGUGACUUAGUUCGGUUGAUUUGUACUUAGCUUGCGGUUCAUUUGCUUAAUGAUUUCCAACCAAGCUCGUUGAAGCAAGCUUGCCUGUCUGACGACGUUUGCUGA